AUGCUGGCAGAAAGAAAAGGCACAGAAGAUGUAUUUGCCGUGAAGGUGCUCAAAAAAGAUAUAAUUCUUCAAGAUGACGAUGUUGAGUGUACAUUAUGUGAAAAAAGAAUUCUUGCCCUAGCUGCCAAACAUCCCUUUUUAACUGCUUUAUUUUGUUCUUUCCAAACACAUGACAGAUUAUUUUUUGUUAUGGAAUAUGUUAAUGGAGGCGAUUUAAUGUUUCAAAUUCAAAGAGCAAGAAAGUUUGAAGAACCUAGAGCUAGAUUUUAUUCAGCUGAAGUUACUUGUGCAUUACAAUUUUUACAUAGACAUAAUGUUAUUUAUAGAGAUUUAAAAUUGGAUAAUAUUUUGCUUGAUUCUGAUGGUCAUUGCAGAUUAGCUGAUUUUGGAAUGUGUAAGGAAGGAAUUACUCGAGAUAACUUAACAUCUACUUUUUGUGGUACACCUGAUUAUAUUGCCCCAGAGAUUUUACAAGAAAUGGAAUACGGAUUUUCUGUUGAUUGGUGGGCAUUGGGUGUUUUAAUGUAUGAAAUGAUGGCUGGACAGCCUCCUUUUGAGGCAGAUAAUGAGGAUGAUUUAUUCGAAGCUAUACUGCAUGAUGAUGUUUUAUAUCCGGUUUGGCUAAGCCGAGAAGCUGUUUCAAUUCUUAAAGGGUUUAUGACAAAGAAACCACAACGCCGUUUAGGAUGUAUGGAAUCACAAGGAAGCGAGGAUGCAAUCCGGGCACAUUCAUUCUUUCGAGAAAUCGACUGGGAUGCAUUAGAGGCACGGAAAGUAAAACCACCAUUUAGGCCAAGAAUUAAAGGCAAAAGGGAUGUAAAUAAUUUUGAUGCUGAUUUCACUAAAGAAGAGCCAACAUUAACCCCUACAGAUCCAACGGUUAUGAAAUCUAUUGCACAGGAUGAAUUCCGAGGAUUUUCAUUUAUUAAUUCAGAAUUUAACAGAGAAUAA